AUGAUAAAAAAUAAGAAAUCACUUGAGAAUUUAAAACAGCUUGAAGAGUAUGGGCUAUCGAAUACACCAAGAACAAUUGAAGCAUGUCUAAGAGAAGGGAUAAAACCUCAAGAUUUAUUGCCGAAAAGCUCAAGAGAUUUUAAAAAGAUAGAAAUCUCACCUAAGGCCGAACAAUCAUUAAGCAAUUUUUUUGAAAAGAAAAGGCUUUUUCUGAUAAGAAAAGUUAUAAAAGCGAAAAAUAAUCUUUUAAAUGAAGAUAUGCAAUCCAAAGGGUAUUUAAUGUAUAAAUUAAUGCAAAAUAUGUUAUUUCCUGUAUAAAACAUACUAAUUGUUUUAAAGAACUAAUAAAUAAAUCAUUUUAAAUAAUAAUGUUAAAACAAAGCCAUCUAAUUCCUUAUCGCUAAGUGAUAGAGUUUUUGGAGAUUCCAUUGCCAAUAAGGAAAAACAUAAUAGAGAGCUAACUUCCCUUGGCUAAGAUUAAAAUUUUCUUACAGAAAGAAGGCUAAUUUUUAUUAAAUACUAAAAUAAUACAAUUUUUUUCCUAUUUUAAAUAUAGAGGUUUCCUCUAUAUAGCGCUAAAAGCGCAGACAUUUUCCCAGGAGCUUUCCAAGUUCGUAGGACCAAAUCGCUUUUUGGUCCGACCAAGGCAUUGAUUUGGUGCAACCUACCGAUAAAUUCCGAUCAGAAUUUAUCGGCCUUACAGCGCCAAACAUAGGAAACUUCUAUACUUGAAAUGAGAAAUAUAAUUUUUAUCUUAUAAAAGGUGCAACCUUUUUAAAAUUAAUACAAUUUAGCUGAGAUCUUAUUAUUACAAUUAUAAUUUAUACAUCGAAUAUUAUGUAUAAAAAAUUUUUGCUUGGGACAAGUGGUUAAUUGCCCAAGAAUAGGGGAUUUUCUAAUUAUUUUGCUCGCUAACCAAAGGGAGUAGUAAGAACUUUGAUUGAUCAUGAACUGCAGUACUCUCUUCGUCCUGCUAUAAAAGAUGAAAUAUCUACCGAAAAAUCUAAGCUUGACAGCUUUCCAAUCAUAACUCCAAGAAAAAUAAAAACUGCUGAAUCAAAAAGUAGAAAAAAGCCAGCAGAAAAUAAAGAUUUUGACUGAAAAGCUAGGGAAGAGGAAGAAAUAAGAAAAUUGAAACUAUAAUAUUUAGAGUUAAUAGUCCUAUAAAUGGAAAUAGCUAUUACUAUUAACUAUUUAAUAUAAAAAGCAUAAUAAAAGAACAAAAAGCUAAAGAUGCUGAAGAAAGGCGGCUUAGAAAUGCAGAAAAAUUCAGAAUGCACAUUGAGAUGACAGCCAGAAAAACAAAUAAAGAAUUCAAAAUGAAACAGAAAAUGGUAAAAAUGGCUGACGCAGAAAGCAAAGAAAGGCUGGAAAAGAUAAGAAGAAUGAACGAGCAAAGAAAAAUGGAACUAAAUGAAAUAUACAAUAGCGAAUAAAUAGCUUAAAACUAUUAUCUUAUAGUAAUGCCAGUAUUCUUAUAAAUAUUUAUACUUAAUACAGCCAAAACUCUAUAAGCCAUUGAAAAAAAGAAAAAUUAGAAAGAGUCAGAAAACAAAUCGAAAAAGAGCAAGAAACAAGGCGCCUUCAAUAUUACCAAAAAUGAGCGAAAGAGGACAAAGUUUUAAACCAGUUAAAUAAAGAACAGCAAAAAUACCUCAACAAUAUUCAUAUCAGUUAUGAGAAACGAACACGAAAAACUUUAGAAAAAAAAGAAAUUGCUGAUAAAGAAGACGAAAUGAAACGGCAAAAAUUUUCUGAAGGUCUUGCCAAGCGGUUUGAAAAAUUGGAAAAAAGAGACACAAAAAGUCAGCAAGAUUUAAGAAAAAAUAAAAAAGCAUUGAGAGAGCUGAAUAAUAAAUUAAACCUUGAGCAAGUUGCUAGAUAUAUAUAAAUUUUUUUUAAAAAAUUAAUUUUUUGGUGAUUUGCAUAUUUUUUAUGUAUUUUUAAGGGUACCAAUAAAGUUGCUAGAAAAGAAAAAUUUUUGAAAUCAGAAAGCAUUGAUAAAAUACAGUCAAAAUCACAAAGAAUACAAUCAUUUAUUGAAGCGAAAGAAGAAAUAAAGCGAAUAAAUGCAUUGAUAAAUAGCAAAUCUGAAAUUAAGAAGAAUAAAAUUAAAGAUGAGAUGUAUAAAAUGGCGGUGACGAAGAAGUGGGAUCUUAUUAAACUCGAAAACUUAAUAGAUAAAGAUCUUUAG